AAGGAAGAAGAACUUCUUAUGACAUUUGCCAUAAGUUAUUAUUAUGCUAUAACCUCUCCAAAUAUUGGAUAUUUGAAAAAAUGUUACGAAUAAUAAAUAAUUUCAAGAAUAUAAGUUUGGAUGUUGUUCCAACAAGUUCAUAUUUGGUUAAUAUAAAUUCAGUAAGAUGGAGGAGACAACCAAGGAAACCUAUGUGGAAAGGUACUGCGAAGAGUAAAAUUUUUCGAGUAGCACCACGGCCUCAAGUACCUGAAGAAGAAUAUCUCGAAAUGAAGAGAUUAUACAACAAAUAUAGGACAGAACGUAAAACUAUAAGAACUUUUCUUACAUUGAAAUAUAACGAAGAAUUCCAACAAAAAGAAGAUGCAGAUAUAAAGCGAAAAGAAUUUGAAGAUGAUUUAAUGAAUUGUAUGAAAAUCAACGAUGAAUGGAAUGCAAAACAGAAGGUGAUAAGGGAAGCUAGAGUAGCUAAAGAGCUUGAAGAAGCUAUAGAAGACGCAAAACAAAGAAAAAUAAAAACUGAAAUGAAACGUGAGGAAGCGAAAAGGAAGAAUAAAGCACUUGUUGAAAGUGAAAUAGAGUGUUCAAAGAACUUUAUUCUACCCGAGAUGCUUGAUGCUGAGAUAGAAAGAGUAUUAGCAAAUCCUGUUGACCAUAAUUUCGCUAUUGAUUCCGAUGGCAAUAAGAUUUAUGGCAGACAUACAGUUGCAACUCCAAAAGAAAAAGUAGCUUCUAGUCAGAAUAAUUGAUUGUAAAAUAAACAUUUUAAAUUA